UUCCUUUGUUCGGUCUAUGUCCCGAUGUGCACGGAGAAGAUUAACAUCCCCAUAGGUCCCUGCGGUGGCAUGUGCCUCUCUGUCAAAAGAAGGUGCGAACCGGUUUUAAAAGAAUUUGGAUUUGCCUGGCCAGACAGCCUAAACUGCAGCAAAUUCCCACCCCAGAAUGAUCACAACCACAUGUGCAUGGAGGGCCCAGGAGACGAAGAGGUUCCCCUUCACAGCAAGACCUCCUUGCAGCCUGGAGAGGAGUGCCACAGCAUGGGAUCUAACUCGGAUCAGUACAUCUGGGUGAAGAGAAGCUUGAACUGCGUCCUGAAGUGCGGCUACGACGCUGGUCUCUACAGCAGGUCAGCUAAGGAAUUCACAGAUAUCUGGAUGGCCGUGUGGGCCAGUCUUUGCUUCAUCUCAACUGCCUUCACGGUCCUGACCUUCCUGAUUGAUUCAUCCAGAUUUUCCUACCCGGAGCGCCCAAUCAUAUUUUUGAGCAUGUGCUACAAUAUUUAUAGCAUUGCUUAUAUUGUGAGGCUAACUGUGGGCCGGGAAAGGAUAUCCUGUGAUUUUGAAGAGGCAGCAGAACCUGUUCUUAUCCAAGAAGGUCUUAAGAACACAGGAUGUGCUAUAAUUUUCUUGCUGAUGUAUUUUUUCGGGAUGGCUAGCUCCAUCUGGUGGGUUAUUCUGACACUGACGUGGUUUCUGGCUGCAGGACUCAAGUGGGGCCAUGAAGCUAUAGAAAUGCACAGCUCUUAUUUCCAUAUCGCAGCCUGGGCUAUCCCCGCAGUGAAGACCAUCGUCAUUUUGAUUAUGAGACUAGUAGAUGCAGAUGAGCUCACCGGUCUGUGCUACGUUGGGAACCAGAACCUAGAUGCGCUGACGGGCUUUGUCGUCGCUCCGCUUUUUACCUACCUGGUCAUUGGGACUUUAUUCAUUGCAGCAGGACUCGUGGCCUUAUUUAAAAUCAGGUCUAAUCUUCAGAAAGAUGGAACUAAAACCGACAAACUGGAAAGGCUGAUGGUCAAAAUCGGUGUCUUUUCAGUGCUGUACACCGUCCCAGCAACGUGUGUCAUUGCCUGUUAUUUCUACGAAAUCUCCAACUGGGCCAUUUUCCGCUAUUCGGCAGAUGAUUCCAACAUGGCAGUGGAGAUGCUCAAAAUCUUCAUGUCCCUCCUGGUGGGUAUUACGUCAGGUAUGUGGAUCUGGUCAGCCAAAACUCUGCACACGUGGCAGAAGUGCUCAAACAGACUGGUGAACUCAGGGAAAGUGAAACGGGAGAAGAGAGCAGAUGGUUGGGUGAAACCUGGGAAAGGGAACGAGACCGUGGUAUGAGAAAAGGACGACACCCCAGUGGUCUGUCUGCUCUCCUGUGAAGGACUGAUCAUGUGUAAGCAUUGCCGUGGAAAUGUUGGGAGUAGGGAGACGGUUACACAGCCUGUCUCUGGGGGAUGGAGAAAAAAGCCUUAAAGAAUAAACAGCAACAAGAUCAU